AUGGACUGUGAUAUGAAAAUUGACGAGAAGCAAACUAAAAAGGCAAAAAUAAGGCGUGUAGAUUAUGACACAUUACCUGAACAGAUUCCUAUUAAUAUCGAUGAAGUUACUGCUCUCGGUUGGGGAGCUAAGCAUAUAGAUGAUGACAACUUCGUAUCAGAGCGUCUGUCAUACUCACAUUUAAAUAUGUAUCAUAUCAAAGAUUGUCAGAGUUUAUAUACUGAGAAAUACGUGACGCUGAAAAAUUUUUGUGCCGGAUUCAUCUCAAAAGGCGGUGGAGCAUGCAAUAGAGACGUCGGUGGCCCUGGUAUUCUCGAUGGACUGCUAGUGGGUGUCAUCAGCUUUGGUUCGCCUGUUUGUGGCAUCCCUGACGCGCCCACUGUCUUCACCAAGCUCGGUUAUUACAGGAAUUGGAUCGAAACGGUUCUUGAAGAGGAUCAACCCUUAGGUGAUGAUGAAGACGUGGAAAAAGCAAAUCAAAUAUUAGCUCUCAUUCAGACUUAUUAUAAAGAAGACAGAAAAGAUUUAAACAAGCGUACUCCGACAGAAAGAACGGAAACUACAAACGACAAUAUAGACGAGGAAGAAGAAGAAUCAAAUAUUAUUAACACUGUUGUACAACUAACAUCACAUAUAGAAGUUCCGAAUUUCAUAAAAGAUUUAUACCGUAGCCUACCAACGAAAUUAAUAAAUCUAUUUGCUAAAAACCUCGAUCAAGACCUAGGAAUAUCAAAUGAUGAAACAAAAACAAAUGACAGAGCAAAAAGUAAUGUAGAUUCAAAGGAGACUUUAGAUUUGAUAUUCCUAGGUGAUACGACGGACAUUCCAAAAAAAUAUCAAAAGAUCUCUAAGAUUCGUACAAAUCAGUCGCAUGGAAAUGAGAAAAAAUCAAAGGAAGAAAGCUUUGUUAAAAAAGAAUCCCAUCAAGAUGUUUCGCGUAAUUACGAAAGUGAUUCAGAUAUAAAUUAUAAUAUAGAGAUUGGUAUGAGUAUUGCAAAUAAGUAA